AUGUUCUCACUUUAUGAACAACACAAUGUUGUUAAAAGAUCCUACAAUCAAUUUGAAAUAGAGGCACCAUCACCUGAAUUACCAAGGAAAAGAAUAAGGUAUACUACUACUAAUAAUAAUAACAAAUAUACAACAAAUUAUGAAACCGUAACAAAUUCUAAUGAUUGCAAAAAUGAUGAAUAUCUUAUAUCUCCAGUAUUAUCAUCUUUAUCUAAUAAUAAACUUUCAAUGGCAGAUGAUGGCAUUCAAUGUAAUUCACUAAUUAAUAACGAUUAUCCUAAUAAUAAUAUAUUGACGCCAGCUACAACACCUGCGGCUAAUACAAAUAAUACAGAUUGGUUAAAAUUAGGACAGCAACAACAACAACAACAAGUGCAUAAUAAUAAUAUAGGAAGCCAAAUACAUAAUGAUAAUGAAAUAUAUUCUGAAGCAGAAGAAUAUAUGGUGAUGGGUUAUUUUAACGGAUAUUGCAGUAACAAUAAUAAUAAUAAUAAUUCACUCUCUAUGUCAUCUUCUUCAACUAACAUACAAACGUAUAACCAAAUGACCAAUGAUAAUAAUAACGAAAACAAUAACCAAACAUUUCAUACACAAUAUAGCCUGUAUGAUUUAACUAACGAAGAAAUUGAAAUGAUAAAUACUCAACAGCAUCGCUUGCAGGAUCAGCAGAUGGAAUACUAA